UGUGUUGCCACGACGACAGUGGCUGGGUCCGCCACAGACUGGGUUGGAAACUCUCGCUGCGCGUUGAAGACCGUGUACCCGUGCAGGGAUCGUUCGCGGUGGUUCAGUUUCCCAGGAAUACAUUUAACCAGCUAUGGGCAGCAAGAAGAAGGAAAUUGCUCUGCAGGUCAACAUCAGCACCCAGGAGCUUUGGGAGGAAAUGCUCACUUCCAAAGGACUAACAGUUGUCGAUGUCUAUCAACGCUGGUGUGGCCCCUGCAAACCCGUGGUGAGCCUCUUCCAGAAGAUGAGGAUCGAGAUUGGCCUGGACCUUCUGCAUUUUGCAUUGGCAGAGGCAGACUGUCUUGAUGUCCUCGAAAAAUACCGCGGGAGGUGUGAGCCAACCUUUCUGUUUUACGCAGGAGGAGAACUGGUGGCUGUGGUUAGAGGAGCAAAUGCCCCAUUGCUGCAGAAAACUAUCCUAGACCAGCUGGAGGCCGAAAAGAAGGUGCUGUCCGAAGGCAGAGAACGGAAAGUGAUUAAAGAUGAGGCUCUUUCUGAUGAAGACGAACGUUUUUCCCACCAAAAGGACGAAGGUGAAGAGGAGGACGUGGUCUCAUCAGAGAAGUCCUGCACCUUGGCAAUCAUUAAACCAGAUGCAGUGGCCCAUGGAAAGACUGACGAGAUUAUUAUGAAGAUCCAGGAAGCUGGGUUUGACAUCUUAACAAACGAACAGAGAACCAUGACAAAGGCAGAAAUGCGACUCUUCUACCAACACAGGGCUGGAGAGGAGGCAUUUGAGAAGCUGGUACAUCACAUGUGCAGUGGACCAAGCCACCUCCUGAUCCUCACCAGGACGGAGGGCACUGAGGACGUUGUCACCGCCUGGCAAACCCUCAUGGGACCCUGUGACCCCGAUGUGGCAAGGAGGGACCAGCCUGACAGUCUCCGCGCUCAGUACGGCACAGAAAUGCCCUUUAAUGCGGUCCAUGGAAGCCGGGAUAGAGAAGACGCCAGCCGAGAACUGGCUUUGCUCUUCCCCAGUUUUAAGUUUUCAGACCAAGUUCCAGAAGUCGCUCAGGAUGGAUCUGUAGAACGUUCUUUAGUUUCACAGUGAUAGACGCUGUUUCCAGAAGCACAAGGUUUUAUCUAGUGCUACAGGACACUGGGGAGGACACUUAAGGUUCUGAGAAACUAGGAGGAAAAAUGACCAAGGAAGAAGAUGUUUAGGUGAUUAGAAGAUCCACGGAGGGGCAAAGACCUCAUGGGACGAGGCUGUCCUGGUUCCAAUGUCUCUAAACUGAGGAAGAAAAGCUAUAAUCGCAUCUCGUUUUUCUCAUUAUGCCUGAUGACACUGAUCAAUGUGAGAGGUGGGUUAAUUAGGGUGACUGGGAAAGAAGGUGGCUAGUUGGAGAAGAAAAGAUGUCACACGGGCAGUGACUUGACCUAUCCCGAUCCUUGUAAAAGUGUCUUCCUUUGAGCUGGGACUGAGGAGGCCGCCUUUACUACUUUUGUUAUGAGCUUCACGUUUCUAAAGAUGCUGCAAUUGUGGGAAUUAGGAAGUCUCUUCUACAUUAUGGAAGAAAAGGCUGAAGUUUUCAGUUAGUAUGAGUGCACUGGGCAUGCGACAGCUGGACUCAAGUGCAGUUUCUAUAUAGCAAAGUAACAGACAUAACCUACACUUUUAAAAGUGGCAUACUAAGGGGUGUCCUUGCAAUUAUCUAAGACUCUUAGAAAGAUGAUAGUUGCAAACAGUCCAAUUCAUCAGAAUAGAAAGCUCUAUACAGACUAUCUCCAAGUUAUGAGUGAGUUGGAUUCUAAAGGUCAUUUUCCUACAGAAACAAGGUUAUUAAUGAUGCUACAUGCUACCCCUUAAUGACGAUCCACCUCAUCUGAGGCCGUCUGAACCUGGGGUGGAGACAGCUAGUUAGCAAUAGCUCCUCAUCUGAAAGUCAAAGACUCACAAAGCCUUAGAGACAGAAGGAACCUGAGAGAUGUCUUCUUCGGGUCCCAGACUUUGCUGUGCCAUGGUAGGAAUGUCCACCAGAGGGUCUUGACUGAACUUCUGUAUUACUCUUUAAAACUGCCAAUUCAGACUCCUUCUGGGUCUUUCUCAGGGGUUGGCUAUGUUUGAUUGUAUUCAACCUCCAAGAUCAUAACCUUAUUCCUUCUGCUACUUAUUAUUCUCUAAGGAGUCUUUCAGAUAGAUGAUUUUGGAGGCAAGAUUAUCUUUCCUCAGAGAACUUACGGUAGCUCAGACCUUGAUUCUUUUAAGGGUGCUCAAGAAUAUUGAAAACUUGUGUGCCACACAAAUUUGGCAAAAUAGCACCAGAUUGGUCUAAGCAAUGUAGGCCAGGGCUCAAACCUGCCCCAUUUCAAGCUGGUGAGGCCUCUUGUGGUGUUCCAGGUCAUCUCAGAGAUAACAUGCAGCAGAACUAUUUUCAUUUCUGAACAAACAUGGGAACAACCAGCUCUCAGCCAGAAGAGACGGGGUGACAGAGCCCACCCACCAUUUGAGUCAGCAGCUGUUACUACCACUGUGGAGAUGCAGGUUCCAGUUCUCAAGGUGCAGCUCAAAUCCAGCCUUCAGCACGUGGCUGGCCUUGACUUGCCUUUGAAGUGACAGACAUCUGAGCAGCAGCCUGGGGCUGCAGUUGUUCAGGGAUUUGUCUUCGUUAAGAGGAUGGCAAGCUUCAGGAAGUUAUGGGCCAGUUCUCCGUGCUCCAGAGUCUGAUACAGACAUUCACUCAAGGAGCAGUAACCAAGUGCCUCUUCCUCUCAGUGGGGCAGACAAGCAAGCUGACAGCCACGACACAGUGUAGUAUGUUCUGUGGGAGCUACGGAAGCACAGAAGGGGUCCCUGGCAUAGCCGGGGGGCGGGGGGUAGGGUGGAGAAUGUCAUCAGGCAAGACUUUGUGGAGUUCUGGAGGAUGAAUGGCCACUGUCUAGGCAUUCUCUUCCCUUGCUCUCAGGACACCUAUGCACCUGGGUCUCUGCCUGCCUCAUUGGUUUUUCUUCUGCUUCUUUGCUGGAUCUUUCUCAUCUUCCCCUAAAUGUUGGAGGGCCCUAGAGUGUGGUCCUUAGCCCUCCUCUUUUCUCUCCUUUCUCUGAUUAUCCCUAGGUGACUCCAUGACUUUAUACACCACCCAAAUUUAUAUGUUCAGCCCCACUCUCCCAAGUCGCUGGGUAUCUAAUGGGCAUUCCAAACCUGGCACGACCAAAUAAGAACUCUUAAUUCUCCCUAUCCCUACCCACUUCUCUUGUAUUCUUCACUGUCUGGGUAAAUGUCAACCCCUAUCCAGUUGCUCAGGCUAAAACUCCAGGCAUUUUCCUUUCCUCUUUCUUUAACAUCCUACACUGAAUCCCUGAGCAAAUCCUGUUGGCUCUACCUUUAGAUUAAAUCCAGAAUCUAACCACUUCUCAAUAGUUCUACCAUUACUACUCUUACCUCUUACCUACAUGACAACAGCCUUUAACGGGUCUCCCUGUUUCCAUUCUUGCCCUACUAGAUGAUUCUGUACACAGCCAGAGUGAUCUUCGAAAAAUUCAGAUCAGAUAAUGUCUCUUUUGCUAAAAGCUCUCCAUGGCUUCCUACUAAACUCUAAAUCAAAUCCAAAGUCUUUACUAUGGCCUACGA